GGUGAUAAAAGAUCAAUAUUUAGGUAAAGAUAGAAAGACAGACAGAUAGAUAGACAGAGAGAUCGAUAUAGAGGGAUAGAUCAACUUAGAUAAUCAGUUCUUAAAAAAAAAAAAGAUAAUAUAUAAGAAAUGGAUGUUUAGCAAACGGAUAGAGAUAAUACUGAUAAACAGUUAACAUGCGAAACAUACAGACACGGAAAUGUGUACAAGGCAAAUCUGAGCUAUGCCACACACACACACACACACACACACACACACACACACACACACACACACAAACUCAACGACCGUGGCUGCCCCUGUCUUCCCAGCGACGCCAUUGCAGGGGCUAACCAUCCUAAAUCCUAAUAAAAGAAGCUUACAUACUAACAAUGUAGACCUUCAACCAGCUUGUCGCAAUGUCUACAAGUGCUUGAGAUGUAGAAGAAACAUAAUUUGUCACUGAGGUGACUUGUGGACGACAUGGGGGAAAAAUUAUAAAACGUAACGAAAAGUAGAAUAAAAUCUCUCACUCUGAAUUAACCUAACGUACUUUUUGUUGGAAGAGAUAAAGUGAUUAACCCCUUCAGUGCCAUGACGCGUUUCUUUGUUCAUUCUGCUUACUAUCUGGUGAUUUUGCACAGCUUCAAAAACUUAUGUGGGGGAUGAAAAUUGAGAAGAUUGUGGCCAUUAAUCUCCUGACCUCCAGAGACCCUUCUUAAUGUCAGCAGGAUGGUCUAAUCGUACACAAAUCCCAAGGUAAAAAUGUAUCCCAGUACUGAAGGGUUUAAGUAAAAUACACGUAUAUGAAUAUCAAACAGAGCAAACAAGAGACAAUACUAAUUAAAACUCGUGAUUAAGAAGAGAAAAAGGACAUCUGGGCAAAAAAAAUCCUAGAUAAAUAUUUCGUCAGGUCAAUUUAAGGAGUCACUGAUAAAAAAGAGACCAGCAACAAGAAUUCUGGAUCAAAAUUUCACCAUAUUGAAACUAAAGACCACAAUUUUUUAUCUUAGCUGGAGGUGAAUACACUGUGAGCACUUAUGGGAGGCAAGAUAAUGCUAAGACAGAGAAGAGAGCCCUUUAAGACCCGUGUGUAUGAGCAACGAGUGUGGAGAGCUGUGAGAGUAACGAGUGAGAGGAGAACUGAAGGUUCCAGGGCUGUUCUGCCAUUGUGUGUCUGACUUCACUUCGACUACUCUCAAGCACCAACCUUCGCCCACACCGCCACCACCAUGCCUGGCCACGUCGUCCUCAAGAGCACUGGACCUGAUCCCGACCCCACCGAGUACCUCUACGUGUCCCUGGAGCAGAAGCGCAUUGACCAGACCAAGCCCUAUGAUGCCAAGAAGGCGUGCUGGGUGCCCUGCGAGAAGGAAGGCUACGUCAUCGGCGAGAUCCAGGGCACCAAGGGAGACCUGGUAACCGUGGGCCUUAGCGGAGGAGAGACCAAGAACUUUAAGAAGGACGUUGUGUGCCAGGUGAACCCUCCCAAGUUCGAGAAAUGCGAGGAUAUGUCUAACCUGACUUACCUCAACGAUGCCUCCGUGCUGUAUAACCUCAAGUCCCGCUACGUGUGCAAGCUUAUCUACACCUACUCCGGCCUGUUCUGCGUCGCCAUCAACCCCUACAAGCGCUACCCCAUCUACACUAACCGCGUCGUCAAGAUCUACCAGAGCAAGAGGCGUAAUGAGGUCCCGCCCCACAUCUUCGCUAUCGCCGACGGUGCCUACAUGGACAUGCUGCAGAAUCACGAUAACCAGUCUAUGUUGAUCACUGGCGAGUCUGGAGCCGGAAAGACAGAGAACACCAAGAAAGUUAUCCAGUAUUUUGCCAACAUCGCCCGGAGAAGUGACCCCUUUGACAAGAAAGCGGUGCAAGUCAAGUUUUCCUCCGGUGGUAACCUUGAGGACCAGAUCGUGCAGACCAACCCCGUGCUGGAAGCCUUCGGUAACGCCAAAACAGUGCGAAAUGACAACUCCUCUCGCUUCGGUAAGUUCAUCCGUAUCCACUUCGGCCCCACUGGCAAGCUGUCUGGUGCUGAUAUCGAAACCUACCUGCUGGAGAAGGCCCGUGUCAUCUCCCAGCAGUCCCUCGAGCGAUCCUACCACAUCUUCUACCAGCUCAUGUCCAACCAGGUCAAGUGGAUCAAACCGACGUGUCUCUUGUCCAACGACAUCCACGACUAUCACUUCGUGUCUCAAGGCAAGGUCACCGUGGCUUCCAUUGACGACAAAGAGGACAUGCAGUUCACUGAUGACGCCUUCGACGUGCUGGGCUUCAGCAAGGAAGACAAGGAGAACGUGUACAAGGUGACGGCCGCUGUCAUGCACUUCGGAGAGAUGAAGUUCAAACAAAGAGGCCGAGAGGAGCAGGCCGAGGCUGACGGCACAGAGGAAGGUGACAAGGUGGGCAAGCUGAUGGGCGUCGACGGCGCCGACCUGUACAAGAACCUGACCAAACCCAAGAUCAAGGUCGGUAACGAGUUCGUGACGCAGGGCCGUAACAAGGACCAGGUGGCGUACUCCGUGGGCGCUCUGGCCAAGGGUAUCUUCGAUCGUACCUUCAAGUGGUUGGUGAAGAAGUGUAACGUGACCCUCGAGACAGGCCAGAAGCGAGUCACCUUCAUCGGCGUGCUGGACAUCGCCGGCUUUGAAAUCUUCGACUUUAAUGGUUUUGAGCAGCUAUGCAUCAACUUCACCAACGAAAAACUACAACAGUUCUUCAACCACCACAUGUUUGUGCUUGAGCAAGAAGAGUACAAGAGGGAAGGCAUUCAAUGGACCUUCAUUGAUUUUGGUCUUGACCUCCAGGCUUGUAUUGAACUCAUUGAGAAGCCCUUGGGUAUCCUCUCCAUUCUUGAAGAGGAGUCCAUGUUCCCCAAGGCUACCGACAAGUCCUUUGAAGAGAAGCUGAAGACUAACCACCUUGGAAAGUCUCCCAACUUCAUCAAGCCCAAGCCCCCCAAGCCAGGCCAGGCUGAGGCCCACUUCGCCAUCGUUCACUACGCCGGCACCGUACCCUACAACCUCACUGGCUGGCUCGAGAAGAACAAGGACCCCCUCAACGAUACAGUGGUGGACCAGAUGAAGAAGGCCUCCAACCGUCUUUCUGUGGAGAUCUUCCUCGACCACCCAGGACAGUCCGGCGCCCCUGACACCGGCGGCAAGGGUGGAAAGCGCGCCAAGGGCUCUGGAUUCCUGACAGUUUCCUGCCUGUACAGGGAGCAACUGAACAACUUGAUGACGACUCUCAGAAGCACUGCGCCCCACUUCAUCCGUUGUAUCAUCCCUAAUGAGCUGAAGGCGCCUGGUGUGAUCGACGCGGCUCUCGUCAUGCACCAGCUUACUUGUAACGGCGUGCUUGAAGGCAUUCGUAUCUGUCGCAAGGGCUUCCCCAACAGGAUGGUCUACGCUGACUUCAAACACCGCUACAACAUCCUGGAUCCCAAGGUUACCAAAAACUUGAAGGAUGACGACAAGACAGCCAGCCAGGAACUGUUGACUUCAGUGGAGCUCGAGUCUGAAAAGUACCGCAUGGGGCACACCAAGGUAUUCUUCCGCGCUGGUGUGCUGGGUGCCCUCGAGGAAAUCCGUGACGACCGCCUGGCCAAGAUCAUCUCGUGGCUGCAGGCGUGGAUCCGAGGCUACAUCAGCCGCAAGGCCUACAAGAAACUGCAGGAACAGCGCGUGGCCCUCAUCGUGGUACAGAGGAACAUCAGGAAGUUCAUGAAGCUCCGCACCUGGGCAUGGUACCGCCUAUGGCAGAAGGUCAAGCCUCUUCUCAAUGUCACCCGCAUCGAGGACGAGAUUCGCGCCCUGGAGGAGAAGGCCGCCAAGGCUGAGGAGAACUACGAGCGAGAGGCCAAGCUGCGCAAGGAACUCGAAGCUGCAAACCUCGCCCUCCUGGAGGAAAAGAACAACCUUAUGGUCACCCUCGAGUCCACCAAGGGCAACGUGUCUGAAUACCUGGACAAGCAGGCCAAGCUGCAGAGUCAGAAGGCCGACUUGGAAGCUCAACUCAACGAAACCACAGAGCGCCUGCAGCAGGAAGAGGAGGCUCGUAACCAACUCUUCCAGAACAAGAAGAAGACAGAACAGGAACUCAAUGGCCUCAAAAAGGACAUUGAAGAUCUUGAGCUGUCGGUGCAGAAGGCGGAACAGGAUAAGGCUACCAAAGACCACCAGAUCAGAAACCUCAAUGACGAAAUUGCUCAUCAAGAUGAACUCAUCAACAAAAUCAACAAAGAGAAGAAGCACUUGCAAGAAUGCAACCAGAAAACUGCCGAGGACUUGCAGGCUAUUGAGGAUAAGUGCAAUCACCUCAACAAAGUCAAAGCCAAGUUGGAACAGACUCUCGAUGAGCUCGAAGACUCUCUUGAGCGCGAAAAGAAACUGCGCGGCGAAGUCGAUAAGGCCAAGAGGAAAAUUGAGGGUGACCUCAAGUUGACUCAGGAAGCCGUUGCAGAUCUGGAGCGCAACAAGAAGGAACUUGAGCAGAGCAUCCAACGCAAGGACAAGGAAGUGUCUUCUCUUGCCUCCAAGCUGGAGGAUGAGCAGAGUCUUGUAUCUAAGCUGCAGAAGCAGAUUAAGGAACUGCAAGCUCGCAUUGAGGAGCUCGAAGAAGAACUAGAGCAUGAGCGUCAGGCUCGCGCCAAGGCUGAGAAGUCUAAGACUCACUUGGGCCGUGAACUGGAGGAGCUUGGUGACCGCCUAGAUGAGGCUGGCGGCGCCACAGCAGCACAGAUCGAACUUAACAAGAAGCGUGAGGCUGAACUGGCGAAACUACGCCGUGACAUCGAGGAGUCCAACAUCCAGCAUGAAGCCGCCCUCGCCAACCUCCGCAAGAAGCACAACGAUGCCGUCGCCGAAAUGUCAGAGCAAAUCGACCAUCUCAACAAAAUGAAAGCCAGGGCCGAGCGGGAAAAGACCACUCUCUCCUCGGAGCUCAAUGAUGCACGCUCAGCAGCUGAUCUUAUGAGUAAUGAGAAGGCCGCCGCGGAAAAGAUGAACAAGCAGAUCCAGCACCAGUACAACGAGAUCCAGGCCAAACUUGACGAAGCUAACCGCACCCUCAACGACUUUGACGCCGCCAAGAAGAAGCUCGCCGUCGAGAACUCCGACCUUUUGCGUCAGCUCGAGGAAGCAGAAAGCCAGAUCGGUCAGUUGUCCAAACUCAAGCUGUCUCUCACCAACCAGCUCGAGGACAGCAGGAAGCUGGCUGAUGAUGAAUGCAGGGAGCGCGCAACUCUGCUCGGCAAGUUCCGCAACCUUGAGCAUGACAUUGAUGGCCUCCGAGAACAGCUGGACGAGGAGAGCGAGGGCAAAGCUGAUCUCCAGCGCCAACUCUCCAAGUCCAAUGCCGAGGCUCAGAUGUGGCGCGCCAAGUAUGAGUCCGAGGGAGUGGCCCGCGCCGAGGAGCUGGAGGCGGCUCGCCUGAAGCUUGCGGCCCGCCUGGAAGAAGCUGAGCAGCAGAUCGAGCAGCUGAACGUGAAAAACAUGAAUCUCGAGAAGACCAAGCAGCGCAUCUCCACCGAGUUGGAGGACAUGCAGCUGGAAGUGGAGCGUGCACAGACCCUGGCCAACGCCGCAGAGAAGAAACAGAAGAACUUCGACAAGAUCAUCUCUGAAUGGAAGAUGAAGGUUGAUGACCUUGCCGCUGAGCUCGACGCCUCCCAGAAGGAGUGCCGCAACUAUUCCACGGAACUGUUCCGCGUCAAGGCUGCCUACGAGGAGAACCUUGAGCAGCUGGACUCAGUGCGCCGUGAGAACAAGAACCUCGCCGAUGAGAUCAAGGACCUUAUGGACCAGAUCGGAGAGGGCGGCCGAUCUCUCCAUGAAGUCCAGAAGAACGCCAAGCGUCUUGAGAUCGAGAAGGAAGAACUCCAGGCUGCUCUUGAAGAGGCUGAGGCCGCCCUGGAGCAGGAGGAGAACAAGGUGCUCCGCGCCCAGCUGGAGCUGAGCCAAGUCAGGCAGGAAAUCGACAGGCGCAUCCAGGAGAAGGAGGAGGAGUUUGACAACACUCGCAAAUGCCACCAGCGCGCUAUCGACUCCAUGCAGGCGUCCCUCGAGGCUGAGGCCAAGGGUAAGGCAGAGGCUCUCCGCAUGAAGAAGAAACUCGAAUCUGACAUCAAUGAGCUCGAAAUCGCCCUCGAUCACUCUAACAAGGCCAACGCUGACAUGCAGAAGCACGUGAAAAAGCUGCAAAUUGAUAUCAAGGACCUGCAGACCCGCGUGGAGGAGGAGCAGCGUCUGUCCUCUGAGUACCGCGAACAAUACGGCAUCGCUGAGCGUCGCGCCAACGCCCUGCACGGCGAGCUGGAGGAGUCCCGCACCCUGCUCGAACAGUCUGACCGCGGCCGCCGGCAGGCCGAGUCCGACUUGGCUGAGGCCAAUGACCACAUCAACGACCUCACAGCACAGAAUGGCUCCCUCACCCUGGCCAAGAGGAAACUCGAAGGAGAGAUGCAGACCCUACAUGCUGAUCUUGACGAGAUGCUGAACGAGGCCAAGAACUCUGAGGAGAAGGCCAAGAAGGCCAUGGUGGACGCUGCUCGCCUGGCUGACGAACUCCGUGCCGAGCAGGAGCAUGCCCAGAACCAGGAGAAGAUGAGGAAGGCCCUCGAGGUUUCCGUUAAGGAGCUGCAGGUGCGUCUGGAGGAAGUGGAGGGCAAUGCCAUGAAGGCCACCAAGAAGGCCAUCGGCAAACUGGAGAGCCGCGUGCGUGAGCUGGAGAGUCAGCUGGACGACGAGGCUCGCCGCCACGCCGACGCCCAGAAGAACCUGAGGAAGUGCGAGAGGCGCAUCAAGGAGCUCACCUUCCAGGCCGACGAGGACAAGAAGAACCACGAGAGGAUGCAAGACCUUGUCGACAAACUCCAGCAGAAGAUCAAGACCUACAAGCGCCAGAUCGAGGAGGCUGAGGAGAUCGCUGCUUUGAACUUGGCUAAGUUCCGCAAGGCCCAGCAGGAGCUGGAGGAGGCUGAGGAGCGUGCUGACAACGCCGAGCAGUGCGCCAACAAGGUGAAAGCGAAGGGUCGGGCUGAAUCCAUGGCUCGCAUGUCCCCUCAGCCACCCCACGCCCGCCAGUUUUUCAUGUAAGAGACGACGACCGAAGUAACCCCCUAACCCCCAACAUCCCCAUCACCACCACAACUACCACCACCACCACCGAGGCCGCCGCUCCAGCCUUCCUGAACACCCCGGCAUAACACUCCAUCACUGGGGAUCGUUUCAUUACCUUCUCCUGUGGUCAUCAUUCGGCAAUACCUUCCCUUUUGUAUCUUGUUCCCUUUGUGUCUAUUUGUAAGCGGCCCCACUAGAGCAGGGUCGCGUAGUGCCGUGAGGGGAGGAGCGGGCGUGCAGGCGGCGAGGGGACCACAACGGCCUGUCCUCACACUCAUGACCUGCCGUCGAACACCUCUCCACCAACCAGCGUUCGAGUCGAGGCAUAAAGAGUCAGACACACACACACAGCCAACAACCAACAGCCCGGGUGAUGAUGGUGACACAUGCCUCUGCCCGUCCGCCGCCACCGCCGCCCACCUCCCACUCCCAGCAGCAAGGGUCUCCAGCCGUACCUUCCCGACACACUGACACAAUACACAGUUGUUCCUGCGGUCGUGGGUUAAAUACUUCCACCAUAAGCUGGGGAGAUGCCGGCCGGCCGAGGGGGGCUCAAUCUCUUCGCAGCACGCCAUCCUUUUUCCCUGCACAGACCAAUCCACCGUUGUGUUGCGAACGGGGAAAGAUCAGGUUAAUGUGUGGAAUUUCCUAGAGUACCGUUCAACCCUUAAUUUUCUUGUGUAAUACAACUGUCUCAAAAUGUAUGUAUGGAUCUGUAUGAGAAUGUAUUAUAUUAAUAAAAACAAUGGCUGGUA